AUGGAUGACAUUGUAACGCUAUUUCAUGAGGCGGAUGCUGAUGGAGGUGGAGGAUUGGACAUUGAAGAAUUCUGUGAAGGACUGAAGCAGUUAUUCCCUACUAUGGAUGAAGAAGAUCUCAUUGCCCUCCACAUGAAGAUUGACACAAAUGGAGAUGGAGGUGUGGACCUCGGGGAGUUAACAGACUACCUGGUGAACAAAAACAAGGCAUCACAAAAUAUGGCUUUUAAAAAUCAAAUCUUUCCCAAACCUAUCAAAAUGAUAUCGGUGGAUCACCAUAAAUCGAUUGUUCGUCUGAUUCACCGUCCCUUCGAGAAUGACAGGGAACCUGACCAUGGUUCAGAGGUUUUAUUAGGACAAACCAGCACUUACCAAAAAGGUCAAUACCUCUCCAUCACCUCGAAUGGUAUCCUCAACUUCUGGCCUGACAGCUUUGACACCUCAUACCCAAUUCAAUUAUACAAAAAGGAAAACACACUUCCUUUUUCACACAACAAGAAAAUGCACGUUACUGACAUGGUCUACAUCAGUGAACUCAAACAACUGGCUAUCUCCACUUCUGACAGGGAACUAAUAUUCUAUCGCUGCAAUGAAUUCCCUAAGUUGUUUUCAACCAGCCACUCUUUAAUAGUAGAGGACAACAUAGUGAAUACCAUGAACUACUGGUCCAAAGGCACUAAAGCAGUGUUUUCCUUUGGCGAUGUAAAAGUUUUGUCUGUGUUUGUCUCCUACAACAUAUGUGAAAACGGCCUCUUCUUCAACGGUGCAUAUGAGAAAAUCUCUCUGCGGGAUUAUCCAACUGUUUAUACUUCAACCCUGUUAAAAAAAACCUCUAAAGACUUUCUAUGUGUGAAGGUCAACAUCUUUAAUGACAUUUGCAGUCAGAUCCAAUAUUUUCCAUCACUUAGGUCGUUUGCUAUCUGCGGUAGUUCAUCCAAGACAAUGGUCCUUGCUUCUCUACCCAAGACAUCCACAACCAAAAUGUCUACAAAAGUCUUUAAGAGCAGAGGACAUGUGGACUUCUUCACCUGUGUAGAAUACUCCACUUCCUCUGGGUAUCUGCUGACCGGUGGGACGGACGCCCUACUGAGGACGUGGUUUCCCCAUAAAACAGUGUCAUGCAUCCAGGAAUUAAAGGGACAUGCCAAACCCAUCACCCAUAUAAUGUUAAAUCCCAAGGAAAAAGUUUUUGUUAGUUUAUCGCUGGACCACCAUAUAUGUGUUUGGUCAGAGGAUGCAAUGAUCUGUUUGCAAAGCUUCAAGAUAAAAGAAAUGAUGCAGAGUCCUAUCUCCAGUGUGUGUUACAACACACACCACAAUGAGUUAGUCCUAGCUAACACAGACAUUGGCAAAUAUCUUGGAAGAGGAACUGAUGUGUUUAAAAAUGCAUUAACAUCGCAUGACAAGCCCCUGUGCUGUGCUCUCUAUCACAACAUUUUCAAACAGGUUGUCUCUGUUUGCCAAAAUGGCGUGGUGACAGUGUGGGAUAUCUUAACAGGAACGGCCACCAUGCAGUUCAAGGUGACUCCAGAUCAGUACGUGGGGCAUGUUGCUAUUUCAUUUAAUGGACUAAAGCGCAGACUGAUCACAAUUUCCCAGGAUGGAAAAGUUAAACUUUGGAACUUCAACAACGGAACAGAGCUUGCCAUUCUUCCUGUUACCGUACAAAGGGAGGUGACAGGUAUCGUCUGUGUAGACAAUAGGGUGUUUGUGUCGGGAAAGAACUCCAAGAUCAUUUAUGACCUGGACAUACACGGAUAUGACAACAGAUUUUUGAAGCAUGAUUAUUUAGAUGACAUUUGCUCAAUGGAUGUCCAUGAAAACACACUGGUUACUGCCUCCAGCAAUGGAAAUAUUGUCAUCUGGGAGGCCGCCAGUGGCGAAGUUCUCUACUGGCUCAAUGGCAGCAACAGCCCUCGAACAAACAUGGCAGACAAAACCACUCAGGGCCAGACAGGGAGUCUGCUUGGUCACAAGAGUCCAAAGCAUUUCAGAGGCACUGGGAAAAGACCUCUAAAUAGUAAAUCCCUGAUUGGGAAUGACACUGCUGUGAUUAACAUACCUCUUAUCAUAUGUCUGAAGACCAGGGAGGUUAAAGUUGACACAGCCACACUGCUGACGUCUUCAGAUGGCAACAUAUAUGCCUGGUCUGUUAUUAGCAAGGGAGGAUUGAUUGGAAAGUUCAGAGCAGUGAAGGAUGAAGGAGCAGUCAUUACCACCAUGUCAACUGAUCCCAAUGACCAGAUAUUACUGACCGGGGAUAGUACCGGAAAGAUUUAUUAGUGGGACAUUCAGGCUUUUGGGUUUAAAAACCAGACAAACAACGAGCCAUUUGAGGACAUAAAUGGGUGGUGCGUGUCAUUGUGUCCACCUCCUCUGUUGCACUCCUGGCAGUCUCACAUCACAGGGGUGGUGAGUGUUCACUGUAACCCAACUUGUGAAAAGUUAAUUACCGCAGGGAACUGCAAGGUCUGUCUGUGGGAAAACACAGGAACCUACAUAGGCCU